CCCCCGAAAGUUAGAGUCCUGCACUCCCUCAGCCCGUCCCGCCCUCGGCUGCUUUCUCCUUCCUCUCUGUCUCCGCUGUGUAUUGUUUAGCCGGCACAAUGACUGUAGGGAACAUGGAGAGAGCCGAGCUGUUUGAUGCCGGGAGCAAAGGUCGAGGCCUGAGGGCCACCAAAGAGCUCAACACUGGGGAAGUGAUCUUCUCUGAGCCCAGUUUUGCAGCCGUGGUCUUUGACAGUUUGGCCACACAGGUGUGCCACAGCUGCUUCCGCCAUCAGGCCAACCUGCACCGCUGCGCCCAGUGCAAGUUUGCCCACUACUGCGACCGAACCUGCCAGACGGCGUGCUGGAGCGAGCACAAGCAGGAGUGCGCCGCCAUCAAGAAGCUCGGCAAGGCGCCCAGCGAGAAUAUUCGCCUGGCAGCUCGUGUGCUGUGGCGCCUGCACAAGGACACGGGCAUCGCGUCCGACAGUCAGCUGAUCUCCGUGGACCAACUGCAGGACCACGUGGCCGACCUGGCCGCAGAGGACUUCAAGAGGCUCCGGGCUGACGUGAACACGUUCCUGGAGUUCUGGUCUUACGGGACGAGGCAGCACUCCGUCGACUACAUCUCGCACAUCUUUGGCAUCAUCAAGUGUAAUGGAUUCACGCUGAGUGACCAAAGAGGCCUGCAGGCUGUGGGUGUGGGGCUCUUUCCCAACCUGUGUCUGGUCAACCACGACUGCUGGCCCAACUGCACCGUCAUCCUCAACCACGGGAACCAGUCAGCUGUGAGCUCUGCACUCCACUCUCAGAGGAGAAUCGAGCUCCGGGCUCUGGGGAAAAUCGCCGAAGGGGAGGAGCUGACCGUGAGCUACGUGGACUUCCUGAACCUGUCGGCCGACCGCCAGAAGAAACUGAAGGAGCGUUACUACUUUGACUGCACCUGUGAGCACUGCAGCAAGCACAUCAAGGAUGACCUGAUGACGGCGGUCGCAGACAGCAAACCAUCUGCUGAUAAGGUCAAGGAGGUGACGGCCUUCAGUAAGGAGUGUCUGGAGAAGAUUGAGAAGUCUCGCGUUGAGGGCGAUUACAAUGAGGUGUUGAAGCUGUGCUGUGACUGUCUGCAAAAGCAGGAGGACAUCCUGGCAGAUACUAACCUGUACAAGCUGCAAGUGCUCAGCAUCGCCAGCGAGGUCCUGUCGUACCAGCGGUCCUUCGUUAAGGCAGCAGACUACGCCCACAGGAUGGUGGAGGGAUACAGGAAGUUGUACCAUCCCAAUAACGCCCAGCUGGGUAUGGCCAUGAUGAGAGCAGGCGUCACCAACUGGCAUGCGGGGCAGAUUGAGGCUGGUCACAGCCUGAUCUGCCAGGCCUACCGCAUCCUGAUGGUCACCCACGGACCCAACCACUCCAUUACCAAAGACCUGGAGGGGAUUCGCACGCAGACCGAGCUGGAGCUGAAGAUGUUUAAGCAGAACGAGUCCGUGUACCAAACCAUGAGGGACACCGCUCUGAAGCACUGAACCCCAAAGAUCUCCUGAUAUGUACAUACUGUGUGCUGCUGUCCUCCAAAGCUCUGCUCACAGCUGCAGCUGUAACACAGCCGGCUGCAUGUACAGUAUCUACAAUAAAAGUGGAGAUAAUGUGCUGUAACUACUUGCAUCAUUAAUUAAUUUUAUCAUUAAGUUUUAUUU